AUGAGACAAGUGAGUUUGGAUGAAAUGGUUAAUGAUGGAGAAAGAUCUGAUGCAGGCACACAACACUGUCGAAAAGAGUGGGCCAGGGGUUCAGACGCGGGCUCUGAGCGGCAUCUGCCCGAUGGCAGCAGUAGUUCUAGGGGGGGAGACACCGUGGGUCCUGAAAGUAUCUUCCCCAGUCAGACUGAGGAACUCGGGCCACACCAGGGCGGUACAGAAGGCCCUGGGGAUUGGAGCGGUGAGGAACCAGAGGAAGAGCAAGAGGAAACAGGGGCAGGACCAGCUGGCUACUCUUACCUAUCCCUGAACCAAGAUCCUGAACAAGAGGAGGUGGAUCCGGCACCAGUGGGGGAUGGAGAAGAUGUAGUUGUUGAUAUCCAGUGUCGGUGGUAUGGACCUCUGGCUCUGCAGGCCCUGGGGCUUCAUUUCCCAGACCCACCAUUGGAAAGCGAGGAUGCAGAAGAGGAGGGAGCUACAGCACUGAGCAACCACAGCUCUAUUCCCAUGGACCCAGAAUGCGUAGAGCUGGUGAAAAGGACGAUGGCUGGAGUAAGCCUGCCUGUGCCAGGGGUUCCGGCCUGGGCUCGAGAGAGAUCAGAUGUCCUGCGGGAAGAUGUAGGACAAAAGGUCCUCCAAGCCGGGCAGGCCGCCCCUGCCUGGAAAUGA